GGAUUUGAAUAUAAAAACUGACUUCCGUUGGCACAAUCGAUAGGUUUCACUUCCUGUUGAAAUCCCUUUUUCUUAUUUUCAGUCUUCUCUUAAAUGUUCUCGUUAGUGAACCUUUAGUUGACCUCUGUCUUGCGCUGUUAGCCGUUGUCGUCCCGCUUCACAGCACCAUGCAGUUCCUCCCAAAUUGUCCCGCAUGCAACGACAGUUACUGCAUCCAAGGUUCCACCUUGAAUACCCAUCGUCCAAUGUUGCUUUGCUGUGGCCAUACAUUUUGUGAAUCCUGUAUAAACAAGUGGAAGGUCAAGAAUAAACUCAAGUGUCCAAAGUGUAAGCAAAGCACAAAUUUUACGAGAAACAGAGGAAGUGUGAAAGCCCUGCCACAGGAUAUUUAUGUAUCUGGUUUGUUGGCCCUCAAUCAGCAGACUCUGUUCCACCGGGAGUUUCACAAUCCGAUCUCUUACUCUCGUGAAAAGGCACCUGUUGUGCAGAAAAACAAAACUGUUUUCUGUUUUGAAUGUCAUCAGGUGUCCGCUGACAUUGAAUGCCUCCAGUGUGACGUAGCAAUGUGCAAUCAAUGUUUCAAAAAGGUUCACACCAAUUCUGUUGCUCUCAAAAUGCAUCAGUCUGUCCCCCUAGGUUCAGAGAUGACUGCAAUCAACCAAGAAGUCGACAAGUGCCUUGUUCAUAAGAAUCGGAUCCUUGAGUAUUACUGCCAAGAUGACAAAGUGAACAUUUGCUCUCGAUGUGUGAUAAUUGGCAAACAUAAGGGACAUAACAUUGUCGCUAUUGAGAAAAACAAUGAGAUUUUGUUGGACAGUUUGAAAGAAUCUUUACCAACAGCAAGUAUUGUGAUAAACAAAAUGAAAUCAUCGUUAAAGGGACUAUGUACAUUGGCAUCAAAGGAUAAAGAACACCUUGUGACAGUCAGCAAAGCAAUCCAUGAAUAUUUCCAUUUCUUACAUGCAAAGUUACAAACGAGAGAAAUGCAGUUAAUUGAAGAAGCAGUUAAAACAUUUGAGGAGAAUAAGUUCCAAUCUGAGAAUUUUAAAAAACAAUUGACUGAAGAUUUGAAGAAUUUGGAAUCUGAUUUUAACUCUGCUGUUGAGAUGUUAAAUAACACUGAAGAAAUCCAUGGCAAUAUCUUGAAAGUUAUAAACACCAUCAAAAAUGCAGAAAAUAUUCCAUGUUAUCUGAAAUUGCCUGAAAAUGACAAAGCAUCGUUCCAAUUUCUUCCAAAUGGAGACAUUGUUAAACGUAUUGGAAGUCUGGGACGCAUUGAGAUGGAUGAAAAGCACAAGCAUUUAAUCUCAUCACUUGAAGAAUUUCCAGAAGCCAUCACUAAGGAAGAUUUGGAGAGUAGCAAAGAUAUCACUCUUAGCUUCCAGUUAUUUUCAUAUCCUAAGGUCUUUGAUAAAGAACCGGAACCAAAACCCUCCUGUGAGAAGCAAGCACUGAGACGACCCCACCUGCUACAAAGAUCAAUAUCUGGUCAAGUUGAACAAGUGUUGGUGACGCAUUUGAGAAACCCUUCUGACUUCAUGGUGCAGAAAUGUUCAAACAUUCAGAAGUUGAAGACAUUGAUGAAACAGAUAGAGAAUUGGUGUUUGGCUGCAUCAGGCAUUAAAGACAACUUGUUAUUAGAUGUAAAUCUUGACGACUUUGUUUUUGCCCAGUAUUCCUUGGACAAUAACUGGUACCGUGCACGGGUGAAGAGGGUUGAGACUGUCUUUGAUGAUACACAGAAGGCUUAUAUCAAAGUAGUAGAGGUUUUCUAUGUUGAUUAUGGAAAUUCAGAGAUAUUACAUAUGAACAAGUUAUUGCUGCCACCAGUGAAGUUCUUCAAAGAACCAGAAUAUGCCAUCAAAUGCUGUCUAUCAAGCAUCACUUCAGUUUCUCAGGAUGAUGUUUGGUCUGCUGAGGCCAUCAAGGUGUUUGCUACAAUAGUUCAUUCCAAAAUACUGACCAUGACCGUAUUGAAAGAGUUACAUGGUGUUUGGUACUGCAAUCUAUGCACACCUCCUAACAAUCAUAUUCGAGACGACAUCCCCACAUUCUUGCAAGAUGCUCUGGUGUUCCUUGGCUAUGCAAAAUAUGACACCGGUGAAACUUCGUUGCUUCUUAAAGAUGUAACAAGUCGUGAUUACCCUUCCGCUGAACCGAGAUACGUUUCAGAGACGCUUGAAGUGAUGGUCACUCAUGCAGAAAGUCCUCUGCAUUUCUACAUUCAAAAAAUGGGCAUUGAAUACCAAUACUUGGCUGUGUCUAUGGAAGACAUGCAGACUGUUUACCAAGCAGACACCAAAGAUCUCUGGGUGAUUUACUGUCCAGUUAAAGACCUGGUGUGUGCUUGUCAAUGUCCUAGCGAUAACAUGUGGUACCGAGCCAAAGUUAUUGAUGUACCAGGUGAACAAAUGGUCAAUGUUUGUUAUGUAGACUAUGGAAAUACAGAGAUAGUCUCGUACAGAAAUCUCCGCAAGUUACUGGAUAAGUUUAUUAUGUUACCCAUUCAGGCGAAACUUUGUAAAUUGGCGUAUGUAGAACCACUGGAUUCCAAGGAAGACUGGACCAUGGGAACCAAUUGGUUAGUUGAAAAUUUUCUUCUGAAAGAAUGUCUUAUCAAAGUUGUUGCUGUCCAUGAUUCCUAUACAGAAGUGGUUCUACAGCACACAGAGUCGAAUUUGAUUGUCAACGAAGCUAUCGUAGAAUUGGGAUAUGCUAAGAAGUCUGCAACAGCACCUGACAAAAUUCCUCUAAUCUGCCACAGAAGUUGCGAAAGUCCCAGUAUUAAUGGAUCCUUAUCACCUGAACCCUCCAUAGAGAAGAAGAAUGACAACCUGUCUAGUACCAUUCCAGUACAGCCCCCAGUAGACCACAAGAGUCCUCCCAUAACACUGUCAGAGUCUCAAAUAGAAGUUACCAUUAGUGUAUUCCAUAGUUUGUCAGAGUUUUAUCUGCACACAGUAGAAAACCACACGAAACUGACGAGUCUGAUGGAAUCCUUGGAAGAGUAUUAUAAUAAUUCCGAGGCUGAACCUGGCGUCACAGGUACAAUAGGUGGUGAUUAUGCUAUUUAUUAUCCAGUGGAAGGCAAACCAUUCAGCUGGUAUCGAGCUAGAGUUAACGACAUCCUGCACAGCAAUUUAAUACAGGUUUUCUUCGUAGAUUUUGGCAACACGGAAAUUGUUCAGGUAUCGAGCAUCCGUAUGUUAGCUACUAAUUUUAUGGUGAAUUCUUCCUAUGCCAUGAAGUGCCAUCUGUCUGGCUACAUCUCAGCUGGUGACAAAAAGGAAUGGUCACAGACAGCUUGUGAGUUUGCUAUUGAAGAAUUAAAAGACAAACGCUAUUAUGUCGUUAAGAAGACCACAAGUGAACACUAG